CGUUUGAAUAGCACACAAUCGCGUAGAUUUCGUAUAACAUAUACACAUAGUUUUGUAUAAAGGAAAGCGCAGGCUAUGGAUGUCGAAACAAGUCUGGAUAUCGAAGAAAUGCGCCGAAGGAUUCAGCAAGGCAUCAACAGAUGCUGUGAACAACUGCUUGAAAUAGCCAUGAUUUUAACCCAUAAAGGUGGUCAGGUUUUAAACCGUUUGAAGGGAGCAUCAUUCCCGGAGCUCGCCCAAAAUAGUGAAAAUAUCGGUAAUGGUUCAAUGUCCGAAAAUCAGAAUCAAAGGCUCGAUCCCAUGACAAGUGCACAAUAUACUACUUUAGGAUUUGGAAACUUUGAUGGCGAGGGGGACUACUUGCGGCAGAAGAAUAAAAUCAACAUUCAACUUCCGCGUCUUGUGAGCGUGACUUGCGGCUUUGCCAAGGAUCACAUAAGAUAUCCGGAAUAUAAUCGUGGAAAGUUUGGUGAGGAUGCCUGGUUCAUGUCCUCCAGUCCACAGGCGUGCAUAAUGGGCGUGGCCGAUGGAGUGGGCGGUUGGCGAAAUUAUGGCGUUGAUCCCGGAAAAUUCAGUAUGACCCUAAUGCGAUCCUGUGAACGAAUGUCACAUGCACCCGAUUUUAAGCCGAACAGACCGGAAAUACUACUGGAACGAGCCUAUUUUGAUCUCCUAGACCAAAAGUGUCCCAUUGUUGGCAGCUGUACGGCGUGUAUUUUAGCUCUUAAACGAGAUGAUAGCACCUUAUAUGCAGCAAAUAUCGGAGACAGUGGUUUUUUGGUGGUGCGAUCUGGUAAAGUGGUUUGCCGGUCCCAGGAGCAGCAGCAUCAAUUUAACACGCCCUAUCAAUUGGCAUCGCCGCCUCCGGGUUAUGACUUCGAUGCAGUAUCGGAUGGGCCCGAAUCAGCGGAUACCAUUCAAUUCCCGAUGCAACUGGGCGACGUCAUUCUGCUGGCCACCGAUGGGGUCUACGAUAAUGUACCUGAAAGCUUUCUCGUGGAGGUCCUUACGGAAAUGUCUGGCAUAUCGAAUCCCGUACGGCUUCAAAUGGCCGCCAAUACGGUGGCUUUAAUGGCCCGCACGUUGAGCUUCAGUCCGAAACACGAUUCUCCAUUUAGUCAGAAUGCCCGGAAACACGACAUCGAUGCAUGGGGUGGAAAACCGGAUGACAUUACGGUCCUAUUGGCCAGUGUCGUCUAGAAUAGAUCGGAUAUCCAAGGCUAUAUACAAUCAUUGAACAGCCACUUCGUAGCAAAUUUUACUGACAAAAAAGAAUUGUUCCAAAAAACUUUUCAAUCACUUAUCACUUAACACAAUCACUUAUAGUAGAUAUUCAAUCAUUUAAGACUCUUUUCUUUUCAACUCUGCCAUCACAAACCAAUUUGUUUUGUACCUCUUUUUGUUUCAAGUUCGGCCUACAACUAUGCCAGUUAUCGAACAAAAUUUUUAAAGUGUAAUAAAAUUUUUGUUUUACCAU